GUUGGUACUACUGUGUGGUAUGUGGGAGGUACUUCACUGCACAUAGUUGCUGCAGCACUAAUAGUUGGCAGCACAGAAGGCAGUACAAAGAGUACAACUGGAGACACUUGCAGUUGCAAGUUUCCUUAGAGGCUGUGGCAUGCUCAGUGAGCUGCAGGGGCACUCUGAUAUGUUCAGCUAUGUGGAGAAGUAGGAAUUCCAGCAGGCUUUAACGAACAGAUGUAGGCUACUAGCUGAGAGGUAGAACAGCAUAGCUCAGGCUGGCUAAAAACCAGUACUCAUCCUGCUAUGUAAACAAAACAAGAUCUUAGUAUCAAGAUGGCCGACCUGGAAGUCUACUUGUAGCUCAUAAUACUUAUGCAAAUGAGCUGCAUGCCAGUGGCUUACUCAGAGGAGGAAGCUCAUUUUGCACGUGCCAUCUUUCCACCAGGUGCUUGUUGACCUCGACCCCGACUUUACGCGGUAGUAGUGUGCUGUGAGAUCAGAAGUCCUGUAAGUCCAAAGUGACUUCGAAAUGGCUGCACAAAGGAGAGCUGCUUACGAGGCAGACUUUAAAUUGAAAGCAAUCAACUACGCAAAAGAACAUGGAAAUAGAUCUGCAGCUAGAGAAUUCAACAUUAAUGAGUCCAUGGUGCGCAACUGGAGAAAGCAAGAAGAUAACCUACGUCUUGUAAAGAAGACGAAGAAACGUUUCAGCGGCCGUAAAGCAAGAUGGCCGCAAAUAGAAAACAGACUUAACCAAUGGAUUUUGGAACAAAGAGCAGCUGGCAGAAGUUUCUCAACUGUCGCUAUUCAGAUACAAGCCAAAGCGAUUGCACAUGAAAUGAAUAUCAGUGAAUUCAAAGCGGCGCCUUCUUGGUGCUUCCGUUUCAAGAAGCGACAGCAGCUCUCUAUCCGUACAAGGACGACAGUGUCUCAGGAGUUGCCAGCGGAUUACGAGGAAAAUUUUAAAAUUUCUGACCACUUAUAUCAAAAUUGCUAUGGAGGAUUUCAACUGAAAACUGCUUUUUAUGAACCACUACUUAAAAGGGCUAAGAUGGAUAGCACAGAGGAGCCUCAGAAAAAAGUCUUUAAAGCACGAAAAACAAUGAGAGUAAGUGAUCGGCAGCAACUUGAAGCUGUCUAUAAAGUUAAAGAGGAGUUAUUGAAGACAACUGAAGUGAAACUCGUAAAUGGAAAUGGAAAACAUGAGAAUGGAGAUUCUGAUAUAAAUUCCCUUUUAAGCAAUACAGACUGUACAGAAGACAAGAAAGAAGUUAAUGGCAUGGUUGACUUGUGCGUUAACUCUGAAGAAGGAAAAACAGCUUGUGAUGAAAUUAGUGAGACCAAAAGCCCUGAAAGUAGGGCAGGAAACAUACUAAGUGACAAAGAAUCCAAACCUCUAAUGCUGUCUUUAGAAAAUGUUACUCCUGAGCAAGCUAAAGAAACUGAUGCUGCAGUAGAAUGUGAGGCUGAAAAUGGAGUUGGUAGCAGUAAAGAUAAUCUCCAUGAAGAAAAUAAUAGAAACAAUAAUUUGGACCAAAGAAAGAAUGAUAUCCCAUCGGAAGGUGAAAGUAAAUCAGUCUGUGAUAUUAGUGACUCUCCUGAAGAGAAGGUAGAAACAAACGAUUUACUUGUUAAUUCUAGUUCCUCUGGUGAGGGAGAGAGGACUGAAGAAGUAGCUGUUGAAGAGGUGGUUGGAGAAGCAGCCAUCUCUAGCAGUAUGGAAGCUGAUGAGGAAAAACAAGAAGACAGUACAGGACUUUCAGAAACCACUACUUCGAAGAUAAUGGAUGAACCAAGUCAAAGUAGCUUAGACAAUACUGAGUGUAUGGAAACAGAUGACAUUAUUCCAAUUUUGGAAAAACUAGCACCUGCUGAAGAUGAUCUGAGCUGUUUUUCUAAAAGUUCUCUACUUCCAGUGGAUGACACAGUCCCUGACUUAGAAGAGAAAAUAGACAACUGUUUGGGUUCACCAUCCAAGCAGGAAAGCAAUGAAAAUCUGCCAAAAGAGGCUUUCUUAGUACUGUCUGAUGAAGAGGAGCCCUGUGAUGAGAAGGAGGAACACGUUGAAGUGGUACUACCAAACAAGUCAAGUCUUCCAGAAGAGGUAGAGGUGGAGAGCAAAAAGGAGUAUGAAGAUAAAGAAGAGGUCCACAAAGAAGAAGAGAAACAAAUAGAGAAAAGUGAAGCAUCAAAGAGAAAGCGUUCCAAAUCUGAGGACAUGGACAAUGUUCAUUCUAAACAUCGUCGGUACAUGGGAGAAGAUUAUGAAGCAGAGCUCCAAGUAAAAAUUACAACCAGAAAGGAUGUUGACCUAAAAUUACAAAAGAUUAUCCAGAGACUGUUGGAAGAAAAACUUAACGCUUUACAGUGUGCUGUAUUUGACAAGACUCUGGCAGACUUGAAAACUCGAAUGGAGAAAGUAGAAUGCAACAAGAGGCAUAAAACUGUGCUUACUGAAAUGCAGACUAAAAUUGCAAGAUUGACAAAGCGGGUUGGAGCAGCCAAGGAGGACUUGAAGAAGAGACAGGAAAAUGUGGCAAAUGUACCUGUAUCUCCAGGGAGAGCAGCACCUGUAUCUCCAGGGAAAGCAGCACCUGACACUGCAAACAUAAACAAUGCCACGUAUCGAAAUGCUGGCACAGUGAGGCAAAUGCUGGAGUCCAAGAGGAAUGUCGGAGAGAGCACACCAGCAACUUUUCAAGCUCCUGUGAAUCCAGUGCCUGCUUCCAGUCUUGCUGCUCCUCCAGCAGUUGCCAGUGGACAUCCUAAGCUUCAGACUCCAGUGUCCUCCACCAGCUCUUUGACAACAGCAGUGCUUCCCACAGCUAACACAGCUACAGUUGUAGGCGCUAACCAGGUGCCCACUGGCAGCACUCAGUCAGUGUCUGUCUCAUUGCAAUCUUUGCCUGUAAUCCUGCAUGUACCUGUGGCAGUGUCAUCCCAGACUCAGCUUCUGCAAGGUCACACAGGGACUUUGGUCUCUAACCAGCAGUCAGGCAACGUUGAAUUUAUAUCUGUACAAAACUCAUCUACAGUUGGUAGUCUUACCAAAACUACAAUGUCUUUGGCAUCAACUAGCGCAACUAAACCAAAUACCAUCCCACAUGUGCCCAGUCCUGGUAUCCAAAGGAACUCUACAGCCAGUGCUGGGUCAAUAGGCACAACGUUGGCAGUACAGGCUGUUCCUUCUACACAUCCUGUUACCCAGACCACAAGGACUUCUUUGCCCACAGUGGGUACUCCAGGACUUUAUAAUGCGACCUCCAGUCGAACACCCCUACAGAUGAAGGUUCCUCUCACUGCAUUUAGUAGUACAGCUCCUACUGAACCACCCACUGUUGCAGCACCCAAGAUUGAAAACCAGACAAGCAGGCCACCAACAGAUACUUCGGCAAACAAGCGACCUGCUGAGGGAACAACACAGCAGUUGAAACAGGAAGAGACUUCAUCAGAAAAUAAAGAAGCAGUAGAAGCAGCACAGACGAAUUUUAACUUCCCUGAGGAUGUCCUCUUUGGCUUGGAGGAAGAGGAAGAAGAUGCUAAGAGCAUCAAAAACACCCACAAGCAGACUGGAUGGGCAGCUAACCUAUUAAAACAGUGGCUGGCCAAAAAUGGCAAGGAUCCUAGCUUUGAAUUGGUCCCAGUAAGUGAACUGAAUGAUAUCUUAAGAGAGUUUUAUUACACAGUAAGAAAUCAUGAUGGAAAUACCUACAGUGUGGCAAGCUACAAGUCAAUGCGUGCCGGCUUAAACCGGCAUCUCAAAAUGCCACCUUACAAUCGUCAGAUUUGCUUAAUGAAGGACAAAGAGUUUGCCAGUGCAAACAUGGUGUUUGUGAGUGUGCUGAAGAUGCUGCGCAUGCAGGGGAAGGAUGAGACUCACCACCAUCCUCCUAUAGCUGCUGAGGACUUGCGUAAGAUUAAGCAAUCUGGUGUGCUGGGUUUGCACAGUCCCCUGGCACUUGUCAACAAGGUGUGGUUUGAUUUGCAGUUGCAUUUUGCCAAGCGAGGGAGGGAAAUUCUAAGAGAUCUGGCUCCAGAUGCAUUUGUUGUUGAGAAGGACAAGAACGGGCGUCGAUACGCUAUGUUUAGAUAUCCUGGCAAAGGCAAAAACGGAGAAGAUCCUCAUAAAAUGGGUAAAAUGUAUGAUAUGCCUGGGGACCCAAACUGUCCUGUUUUUUCCUUGGAGCUUUAUUUGUCCAAGUUGCCUCCAGAGCCCCCUGCCUUUUACCUGCACCCUCUAAAGCUAACGUCAGAGCAAAUGCAAGAGCAGCCUGUCUGGUACAAAAGAGAACCAAUGGGUGUGAACUACCUGGGUACCAUGAUGCCCAGGAUUAGUGUGGCAGCCAGGCUCUCUCAGCGGUACACCAAUCAUUCUCUCCGAACUACCACCAUCCAGCUACUCUGUGAAGCAGGACUGGGGCCUAGGGAAAUAAUGGCAGUGACAGGACAUCGCUCUGAGUCUGCUAUUAGGCACUACUGGGGAUCUGCAGAGGUUCGCUACAGGGCCUGGUCAGAUAUAAUAGAAAAUAAUGCCCCCAAUUAUCGAUACAGCAAGAUCCCAAAUGAAGUGGUAAAAGAAUCAGUAUCUGGUGCUUCCACCUCUUCUGUAAAACGUGUUGUUCUAGAACAAAACAAAAUUGUAUUCCCUACAAAAUCUGUGGUGCCACCUGGCACUGCCUCUGUGGCUUUAGUCCCUGAGGUAAACCCAGCACUGAACUGCAAAAGCCCAGUCCUGUUGAACCGCAGUUUGUCCAAGGUGUUUCUCCCCAAGAGCAUGACCAGUGGGAACCUCACUGCCGGUCCCCUUCAAGGCUGUUGUAGCAAACCUGUCUUUAUAAAGCGUGCGAUAAAACAAGAACCGAUGACUUGAUACUUCUGUAACAGAACUGAUUUCAGAUGAAUUGCUAAAAUGAAAAAAUUACCUGAUUUGUUUUUUAGUUGGUUUACAAAGGAAAUUUCUUACGGUCUAAUUCAGCAAGAAGUAUUCUGUUCUCAUUUGAGAUGUGAGCUAUGGAGCAGAAAUUUAAACAGAGCAGGGCUUGGCGUUUGUAUGACUUUUUGUGGCAGCUGGGACUCUUCCAAGCGGCUGAGCAGAGCUAUUUAAAAGACAUUCAAGGGAGAUAUUGAUUUCCACUUAGCUGAAGAUAUGCUUUCUUCACCAAGACUGUGGCUUUUAUAUUUUGUGAAGAGUAUUAUUUAUCAUACCAUUUUGUGCCUGCUGGCACUAAUGUAGCAUCUUACAAAUCAAAUACUUGAUUACUGAAUAGCACCAAGAAAGUAGAAGCUGAAGGAAAUAGACACAGAUGCACUACAAAUAUAUAUAUACGCAUGAAAACACCUGGAUUUGCUUAACCACUGUCACCCUCUGUUCAAAUUGUUAUCAGACCUUCCAGAGGACUGUGCCUUUAUUUUUUUUCAAGCCUUCUUCUAAAUUGAUUUUCUCAGUGAGCUGCAGAUUUGCAUUGCAGGUCUUUCAUUUCCCUAUUUAAUAUUUUUUGCUUAAGAUUCCAGUCCUUCUGUUCUCUGAGGGCACUAUUGAUAUGUGUGGUAUUAAAAUUGGGAUCUCUUUGGUUUUGCAUGAAAUGGGGAAAGCAUUCUCAAAAGAGCUGAAAACAAUUUCUUGCUUAAAUGCCAGGUAAUUUGUGUGUGUGUUGUCUCUGUGCUUAACUUGUGAGAGUUGGUUUUUUGUUUUGUAUUUCCUCCUACCAACCCCCUUCAUGACAUGCCAUGUCAUCUUUGCACUCUAGUCUUUGUCAGUAUAUGUAAUUCACAAGAAAUACAUCUUGUUCUUCCCCAUUGAACCCUGUCCAAAUACUAUUUUUGGUUUUAAUUUCUUCAGAUUAGUAAACUGGUCCUGUCAUUAUCUUUUCUGUAGAUUUUUACAGGUUAGAAAUUCUCAACAUAGUGGAUGUGAAUAAUUUUCAUCAUAGAGUUUGACAAGAGAUCUUUCUGUAAAUAAAAAUAGAAAGCUGGUUAUAGAAUAACAGAUUGAUUGGUCCACUUUAGAAGAAGAAACAGUGUAGCAUUUAAAACUGUUUUCCAUUAUAUUAACAAUGAAAUAUAAAUUGCUUUGUCCUUUUCAAAUGUGUGUACACACAUGCACUUCACACUCACGGUUUAUCACACUAAGGACUUCACUUGAAGUGUUGAUGUUGCUCAACGAUGGACAAAACAGAGGAAAUAUCAGUUGAAAUGACCAAUUGACCAUGCUCAACUCUUAAUUCUGUGGAGAACUUCUCUUGCUGGGAUAGACUCAGAUUUUGAACGAGGUUUAUCACUCUGUUACAGUGUAUAGUCGAUAGAGACACUGCUGCAGUCUAUACAGAGGACUUGAUGCCUGAAUUUUGGAGUUUUUAUCUUGGCUGAUAAUAUUUACCUUUGUGGCUUUGCAUAGAUUAUUCAUACUUAACUGCAUCAAUUUUCCAAAGUGUAAGACCAACACAGUGCUCUGUUUUCUAAUGGAUGAUGACAACGGUUAAAAGGUUCUAAAAGUUCUUUAGUGAUCUAAAACUCGACAGCGGUUAAAAGGUUCUAAAAGUUCUUUAGUGAUCUAAAACUCGACAGCGGUUAAAAGGUUCUAAAAGUUCUUUAGUGAUCUAAAACUCAUCAAUGAUUGAGAUAGUUGAUCACAUGUAAUUGUUAAUCUAGAAAUUACUUCUGCACAGUCUUACUUCCUUAGUAGGAGUGUUAAUUAAUGACAUCAAUGACUAGAGUAAAGAAAGCAUGGAUCAUUUUGUCAAACCUAAAGUAAAUCAAUUAGAGCUGGUAGACAAAGGGAUCCUUUCAAAUGGUGAGAAGAACAAGUGAAAAAACAAAGGGCAAAUAGUUCUCAAAAUGUAGGAGAACUGUGCAGUAACUUUUUCUAGGAUAUUUUAGGGUAACAUAGAUUUCUAAAUUUAAGGGAUAUUGUCAUUGAACAUUUAUGCUCCAGAAACAAAAAAAGUGUGUUGUCAGGAGAUGAUUCUGUGUUCCCUGUUGCUGCCUACUGUGGUCAUACGACCAGAUGCCUUGCUCUGGUUCUAACUGCAUCUGAGUUACUUAGGGCAACAGCAAACUGCUGAUGGCUUCAUUCUUCAACACAAGUCUAGUUGGUGAUUAAAAUAGAAAAAGGGACUCUCUUGGCCAAUCUUGGCAUGUCUCAUUCUUUUUGAUUAUCAUUUGGCUUCUAACCUGACUUCCAUUCUGUUGGCUUAUAAUUGGGCAUUUCUGGAUUCUCAUUUGUUAAAUUUUAACUUUGUUGGCACCAACUGUGCAGUGUCCUUUUACCAGCCUCAGUUUGAACUUCAAAGCUGCUGACUGCAGUAUUACUACCUUCUGGGGUUUUGUAUGCGAGAAUUUUAUUUUUUUUUAAAUGAGAAAGUAUUCCUCCUUUGGCCUGGAAGUAUUAUUGCUUCACAAGACCUGGGAUUAUUAUUUACUAAGCUUUCUGGUAAACUUUGAAUUAUUGCUGAUUAGUGGAACAUCUUUCUACUGGAAAAUCUUUCUCCUGUAUUUUUCCACUGUAAGUGAAUCUGUUUGGUGAAACAACAGUUUAAGUAUAGUGUGUUUGUCUAAACUUAGAUUUAUACUUUGGCUGCAAAUUUAAUGUUAGAUCGCGAGUCAUUUAAAAUUCACUUAAAAAAAUCCGAAUAUAACAUACAUUGUUUGAAAGAAAUUUAUCUUCCAUGAUUCUUGAAUUUUCCAAUUAGAUCGUCUCCUAAAAUAAGACUGUUUAAUUUCAGUUGCAAAAAAAUCCCUAAAAAGCAGAACCAACCAACCAACCAAAAACCCCCCAAAAAAAACCACUGAAACCUACCAACAAAAAACGAAACAAAAGCCAAACCAAACAAACAAAAAGCAAACCAGCACUUGGACAAAGUCAGCUAAAUUAAUGCUGACUGCUAUGUUAUUGAUUAAAUUCCAUUUUCUUUGAUGGUGAUGACCUUGAAAACAGUGGAGAAUGACUGGUUUCUCACAUAAUGCUUCCAUAAAUUAAUUUUUGCGUCUCAUUUUCAUAAUUCAACUUUGGUACUAGUGUUGUGAAUAUAGAACUUGUUUUCCCCGUGUUUUCCUGUGAAGUUUGGAAAUCUCAGCUGUUACUUUAAGGGGUACUCUAAUUACUUUUUGUUUUUAUGAAGUUGGCAUGGUAUCUUAAAGUAUGUUAAAUUUUCUUUGCUUAUGUGCACCUUCUCUGUACCAUGUGAAGAGCUCCACUGUCACACCGUCAAAUACCUGAAGGCAUUGGAAGGAUGCUUUGAAACUGAAUUUCUUCUUGGGUUUGUUGUGAUUUUAGUCUAGUACCUCUGGUUAUCUUGAGCUGAACAGCUUCUCAGUAGUUGCUGUUUAGGUCAGUAUAGUCAGAGUUUUCAGUAUGCAGCUUGGAUGUAUGAUUUUGCUCUAUGACUGUUUCUUCUUUUCAGCCUUUCUGUGCUUCUUGCUCCAAAAGGAGUGUCUGCAGGGAUGUGGAAGGGACAUCUUACUACUUGUGUUAGUCUUUCAUCUUCAGUUUUUUUCUGUGUACACAGAAAUUUAAGGGUUGUUAUUUGGUCCCAGUCAUUUUACCAAUGGCUAUUCCAGUGCCUCGGGUCCUUGAGUUGCGUUUCUGAAGGCAUGACAAGCACUUUUACUGUAUUGGGGCAAAUGUUAUUGUUACAGAGGUAAAGGCAUUUUUCAUUAUAUAGCAAAUCUUUAGAAUGGUUUUAAAGUAUUUUAGUAUGAAUCCCAGUUAUAAAUACAGUAUUUAUAUAUAUUAUCUAUUAUAUAUAAGCAUAGCUAUGGUAUACUGAGAGAACUAUGGAAGUAGUUUUAUUACACUGUAACAUAAAGUAACAGUGAACAAAUCUUAACAGGGUUUGAUGUGCUGAAAAUGUCUGGCCUAAUUCAAUCUUCAAGAAUGUUUGCAUUCUAUUUAUUAAAACACCAGGUCAGGUGAAUAGUCUUUAUUUCCCCUGUUCCCUACUUCAUGAGCCCCUUAUCCUCUUCAGGAGUAAAUCUGUUUUUCAGUCUAAAUUUCAUCUGUGCAUUUCACUUUAUGGCUACUAUUAGUUUAUUAAGUGAAAGUCCACCAGUGUUCUAUCCAUUUCCCAUUGUUUCUGACAUAGCUUGAUUUCUUUGGUUGAGCUACAGUUUAAUUUAAACUUUUGCUUACUAUUUGGAAAUUCAUCUGGUAAAACAUUAAUAAAGUACAUUUAUAACUCCUAUCUCUUUACUCUGCAAUGUGUAACAAACUUUUUGAGUGUCUGUUGGGAAAUAAUGUGAGCAAAGUGGUUAUGUCAACUUACAAUUUAUAAGCAGCUUUUAAUUCUCUGUUGUUGAAGCAUUAUUGAUGAAUGUUUCCUUGCAUUUCAUGGUUUUGUCACCCAAAAUAAACCUAUAUAGUUAUAUAUGUAAAAUGGGCUGCUUGACUUUUGUCUCUGACCCUGGGGUUAUGUUCGGGCUGUUUAAAAUGCCACUAGCUCUCAUCUGUGAGGUGGAACCUUUGCCUGAGACUAAUUAGAAAACUAAAUUAUGAAGUUGUUGGCAGGAUGUCAUGUGGCUGAAUUGGAUGGCUAUUUUAAGGAACAUGGUUAAAGUGAAUCCAUUCUCACAUGACUUUUAAAGUGAUUGUCGUUCGCUGCGACUGUGUCUGUGUUAUUUAAACUACCCCCAACUGCUACUCAGUAACAGCUUUUAAUGGCUAAAUAUACUUGUAUAUUGUAGCUCAAAUUUGUUAUUUGAGGCCAAAAAAUUUGGGAGAGAUAUUGAAACUAUCUCACUGAUUAUGCCAUUACUCCAUGCAUGGUUAAUAGCUUUUAAAAGCAGCAGUAAACUAAUCUGAAAAGUAUUAUAAAUAUAUUUACUGUUCAAUAAGAUGGCCAUCCCACAUGAUACUGUUGGGGAAAUAAGGUAGAUGGUUCACCUUCAAAGGGUAAGAACCAGUAAAGAGAUCUCUGUGUGUGUCCAUGUAUGUUUAUGUUCAUUAUAUACCCUUUUAACUCUCUGAUAAAGGAAAAGGAGAAUCAUAGCUGUAGAAUAUCACUUCUAGCAUUGUGUCAAGUGUUUCUUUGUAAUUUCCAAUCAGGACUAGGAUCGCUAGCAUCUAAACCCAACUAUUCUGACAACCAAUCUCUUGUUUGUGUUCUUGUUAAUAGGGGUAGCCAAGCCAACAUCUGCUCUUUACACCAAAGAAAUGUGAGGGUAUAUAAUACUUAGGGGUUACUAUAACUAGUUAUUCAUUUUUUUCCUUGCUUGCAUUGUUGUUCUGUAGGAAGUGUUGCACAGUACCAGUUAAGGGUAAGGGGAAUGGAGCAAUCAUGUGAAUGCAACACAUAAUGUGUCUGUUAAAAGUGUUUUUGAGUAUUACACAAAUAUUCAACCAAACACUAUCAAAACAUGUAUUGCAGCACUGGGAAAUUUUGUUUGUGUAAACUUUGAUCUUGGUAAACUUCUUCCUUUAUUUACAUUAUAAUUUUCCUUUUCAUCUUGGUAAGAAAUGACAAAUAUAUUUGAUAUCUGGUAGAGUAGAUUUUCAUUAUAUCUUUGCAAGGCUGAAAUAAUUACUUCAAUUUUGUGGGAGUUACUGCAUUGGAAAAAAAUAACAGUUGAGGAGUGAUCAAUCUGACACUGAAACAGUCUGUAGCUGAAAUAUGCUCAAAAAUGUAUAAAAAAGUAGUUUUCACAACUGCUUAAACUGUGCUUGAAAUCUGUAAUUUUGUAUACAGAUGACUCAAAAUGGAUUAUUAACCUUAUAAUUAUGCAUGCAAACACAGUAUUGCUACUCUCUCUACAUGCAUCCCAUUCUCAAGACAUAUUUUUAACAUUGCUCCCCAUAAUUUAAGAUUGAUUUUGCUAUUAUAUAACGCCUUGGUGCAUCAUGUAUUAUUGUGGUGGUGUGAUGCUUCAUUAGUUGUCUGGUUUACAACCUCCAGAUUUUUUUCUAGUUUAUUUUAGUAGAAACUGUUAAUAGAAUUGUCUGCACUGUGUCGGUUUGCCACACAUAAUCUUCAGAAUUUUGAUCUUUACUGCCUGAAUUUUUUUUUUUAAUUUUGCAACGUAUUUUUUAGUUGUUGCAUUUUUUCCCCUUAAUUUUUCACUUUUACAUAGUGAAAUGUUCCUUUAUGAAAAGCAGGUGGCAUUGCAAUCAAUAACCUUAUUUUCUCUUUGCGAUGAACUGAACUGUGGCGUUAUAUAAUACCAAAACUUUUUAAAUCGUGUAUAUCGUGUGAAUAGAGAAGUGCAUAUUCAGAAUUUCCUUCAAAAUACCAACUUGCUGCUUUUGGUUUUUCAUUUAGUACAAUACAUGUGCAUGUUGUUGAGUUUAAUGGUUUUAAUUAUUUACUAAUGUGGCUGCACUGAUAGAAAGGUGCUAAGAUGGCAUCAUCUGUUCUUCUGCAGAGAUCAGCUGAAGCAGUUUCAUCUUGUUGGCUUCCUGUGUUUGGAGAUAGCUAAAAAGUGAUAGUAGACCAGAAUGCUUUGACUACACUUUUCUGCUUUACCAGUUUCUACCCAAAUGCUUGCUAAAAUCUAAUACUAGGAGCUGAAAGGCUUGUUCUCUUGUUUCAAGUUUUUGUCACAAAUGGAACUGUUGUUCAUAUAUGACUGAAAGUCCAAUGCCAGGCUCCCCCUUGACUUCAUCAGGGCUUCAAGCAUUCUGAAACUGGGUUCUAAUUUUGCUCAGAGCAGCAUGUCUUAAUCUCCAUUCUAAUGUGUAACAUGGCAGUCUUCUCCACAGAAUCCCAUUUCUUCCUUUUUAAGGAAGAAAAGAGUGGCUGUUCCUUUGUAGUCGUUCCUCAAACAUAGUUCUGUUCUAAACUGGAGUUUUCACAAGUCCUUGUACUACAAAAAGUUUCCCUGAGAGAACUUCUGAGUAAAAUAGUCGUGAUAGUAAAAAGAGGUGGUUUUAUUUUCUGGUUUGGUUGGGCACAGGGUUUUUGAAAACUCUUUAUUAGGUGUAUUUCGCAGAGAUGAUGCCCCAUGGUUAAAUUUAUAGGUGCUAACCAUUCUGGUUGUGUCAGUACUCCAGAAACAUCUGGGAUAAGGUGAUGAAGUUUCUCUCUCAGAUCAUGGAGAUGCUUAGUUUUACCAUGGGAAAGUGUGGGCCAGUCUUCCACCCAAUUGCCAGUUCUUCUUGAAUUUCCUUUACAUUCUCAAAUUUGAGAGAUCUGCAAGUAUCUGAAAACUGUGUGUGCCAACACUAUGGGAUAUAGAAAUGGAUACUCCUCCUUAUGAGUGUAGGUGGAUGCUGCAAAUAGUACAAAUCCUGACCUUUAUGACAGGCAUGAAUGAUGAACAGUCUGUUUUGUGUGGAGAUACCCUGCCUACACCAUGCUCCUCUAGGUAGGAAACACAAUUCAAGUUUUCUUAAGAUUUUUCCUGUACCCCUAAAUUUCAUUUGAGAGAAAUGCAUGGUUGGUGAAGUAGGGAAAUCCAGCAGGGGAAGCUGGGGAUACAGGACUUCAGGGUGUACUGUGGAUUGAGUACAGCAUCUGCAGGGAUGUUUUUCUCAGAACCAGGAGUGGGGGUGUACCACAGAGCCCCACUCAAAGGCUGCCCUGCAGACCUGCAGCUCCUAGGGUAGGCUGCAGAAAGAACCUGACUACUUCUAGAUAGCUCCUGUUGAGGAGAUUGCUGUUGAGGGUAAUUUAGUAAAAAAACCUCGAAUAGUGUGACUCGCCAAGAGAAGUUCUUUCUUCCUGAGAAUUGCAUGUAUGAGACCUUGUUGGCAGGGUUGGUUUAAUAGUUGCCUGUUUAACUAAAUCAAGAUUUUGGCCUUCCAGACACAUCAAAAUAAAGAAAUGCAUGUUGUGACACUUGGUGACUUGGAAAUUCAAAGAACUUUCUCAAUUGGCACAGUCAAGUAGGGCUUCAAAACAGUUAGCUGUUAUACAGAGUAUUUUUGUAAGGGUUUUGAUUUCCUCGCAGAGGAAGAAUUGAAAGGAAAUUACUUCAGACUAAUGUAUUUUUAGUAGGAAGAAAUUAAUAGCUUGAUAUUAGGUUUUUUUCUUUAUCUAACUCCUUUUAAAUUUCCCUCUCCAUUUUUCAAUCUGCUUUCUCCUGGCAGAGAGAGCCAUGUUUCAAAAUACACAUUGUUGGCUGGGAAGAUCAUCCAGUUGGAAUGAAAUUCCUCUUGACUUUAUGCUAAUCAAUUUAUCAUUGAUUAUUAUGUGCCUUUUUCUGAAGCUUCAGCUGGUUAAAUCAACUCAUCAUACUAAGAAACCUGAAGCUAGAAAGUAUUUUAAACAGCAACCACUCAACAGAAGAAUUCCGUGGUUAAUUCUGAAAUAUGUUUGUUUAUGUAUAAGAAAGAUGAGUCCUUACAGAGAUCUCUUCUAUGACUUGUGAGCAUAAGUAGUUAAUAUUUCUUACUUAAAUUUGGUAUUGUAUUUUAUUAGCAAAAUUUCAUCAGUGGCAGCAUCAGAACUUAAGGCAAAAAGAAAUCAGGUUGUAAUAAUGGGUAAUAUAGAGAACUGUCACGUCAGGCACUCCAAAUUGAGUGACUGAGAAUUCAGGAAGCUUCUGCUUGCAUUUAGUAACCAUACAAUACUUCUUUUUGCCUCUCCUUAAAGCUUUGCCUGUGUGAGAAUUGCCUUUCAGACUUCCUUAAAGGCUUAAUUUUGCCCAAAUUAAAGGUCAUAGAGUAGAUAAUCUCAAUGCUUAGGCUUUGUGCAUCUGUCACCAUCUGACUGCAGAGAAAAAUCUGUAAUAUUCCUAGGGUGUAUCAUGUCAGCAUUUGUACAGACUAUGUGGGUCUGAUAACUUAUGCCUUUUUCCAUGUUAACUGCUCAGAGAUUUUUGAUAAUUGUGGUGCUUUUGUAACUUUGUUCUAAGGAAGCUAAUCCAUAAAUUUGUAGCAGUUCAGUCCAACAAUAAGUGAUCAUCUCUUCUACAUAACAACAAAAAGAAGAAAUCUCAACUAAUUUUUGUAGCAAGUUUAAGCAAGUAGAAACUCAUAUAAUCAUGGUGUUUUCCUAGAAAGUAUCUUUAGAACCACAGAAAUAUAUAAGACCUCCCCAUAUUUUUCUUAUCACAUAGGGGAAAUGUUGGUAAUCUCUGCAGUCUGACCAACCAAGGGACAGGAGUUGAUCUGGAAGAUAAAUCUUGUUUGGUGAUCUUCCAGGGUUUUUUGUUAAAACAUUUAACCUGGGCAAUAGCUUAAAAGAUCCCUUCAUGCUCUCUAAAGGGAAGGUUGAAAAUAAGUUUGUAUGUGGAAUAAUAAAUGCUAAAAUUUGUCAUAAUGGAUGAGAAUACAGUAGUGAAAUUCCUGAAUACAGUUGGAGUUUUCUGAUGGCUUUUGAUGUGUUUUGUAAGCAUUCAAGUUCCAGCGUAGCUUUCCCUUUUUCUUAAUGUGAAGUCAGUGUCUUUAUUAGUACACAGGCAAAGCUGUUUCAUAGAUAAUUGAGUACAGGUAAAUAUAUAGUCCUGAUAACUGCUCUGUCAGAAAGUUACACCACUACAGAAGAAAGGACAGAUUACAACCAGAUUAACUUGUUAGGAGUCAUAGUUGAAAUAUACUUUAUAACAGCAAAUCGUUACGUAUUUACCUGUAAAACAGCAAUAUGCUACUAUUCAUCAGGGGCUUUCACUGCUUACGAAGCUGAAAAUACUUUAAUGCUUUAAUACUUUUUACUGCAAUACAGUAAUUUGGUUAUCACAUAUUUUUCAAGUCAAGGGAUAUCUGUCUGAAAUUACCUUCUCCUUGCUCAUUUAAUCAGUUCUUUUCUAAUAAGUAUCGAUUCUGAGACCUCUCCUUCUUAAUGUUCAGUAUAUGUCCCUUUUCCACCUGUGUUCCCUGGAUUUGCUUUUGCAAAACAAAGGAGUUUUGU